CUUACUAUACAGGGGGAGCAGCCUGUGGUGUCCUGUGUUAUUAUUAUUAUACAGGGGGAGCAGCCUAUGGUGUCCUGAUAUUAUUAUUAUUAUACAGGGGGAGCAGCCUGUGGUGUCCUGUUAUUAUUACUAUACAGGGGGAGCAGCCUGUGGUGUCUUGUUAUUUUUAUUAUUAUACAGGGGGAGCAGCAUGUGGUGUCCUGUUAUUAUUAUUAUUAUACAGCAGGAGCAGCCUAUGGUGUCUUGUUAUUAUUAUGCAGGAUGAGCAGCCUGUGGUGUCCUAUUUUUAUUAUUAUUAUAAUUAUUAUACAGGGGGAGGAGCCUGUGGUGUCCUGAUAUUAUUUUAAUACAGGGGGAGCAGCCUGUUGUCUCUUGUUGUUGUUAUUAUUACAAUACAGGAGUAGCAGUGUGUGGUGUCCUGUUAUCAUACCUCCCAACAUGACCCUCUCCAGGAGGGACACAAUGCUCUGCUUCUGGUCUUUUCUAUUAAUGUAAGAUUGCUGGCACCUGUUAUGAACAGGUUAAUGGAUAAGAAAGGUGUUUCAGCACAGGUGAUGGCAAUCAUAAAAUAGAGGGAAGUCCAGGAGCAGAGCAUUCUGUCCCUCCUGGAGAGGGUCAUGUUGGGAGGUAUGUGUUAUUAUUAUUAUUAUUAUACAGGAGGAGCAGUGUGUGGUGUCCUGUUAUUAUUAUUAUUACUAUUAUUAUUAUUAUUAUUAUACAGAGGGAGCAGCUUGUGGUGUCCUGUAAUUAUUAUUAUUAUACAGGAGGAGCAGCUUGUGGUGUCCUGUUAUUAUUAUACAGGGGGAGUAGCCUGUGGUGUCCUUUUAUUAUUAUUAUACUGGAGGAGCAACCUGUGGUGUCCUGUUAAUAAAGACAUAUGUUAUUAUGUUUAUGCUGGGGUGCAGCCUUUAGUGUCGUUGUUAUUAUUAUUAUUAAUUUUACUAUAUGAAAUUGUGGGGAUUGAAAAUAUUGCUCAAAUUCUCGGAUAUAUUAAAGCAGAGACCAUAAUAUACCUGGCAUGUGUAACAGAUGAUAAUUGAAGCAGUAUGAAGCAAAUGUAUAUCACACUCCUGGGAGUGUCACAGUGACAUCAUUUAGAUCUAUAGUAAUAAAGGAACUCCAGCUGUGGGGAACGGAGUCUUUAUUACACAUCACACGUUCUGUAUUCUCUCUGAUUCACAAAGGAUGGACAAGGACAGGAGUCACAGGACUGAGAGGAUAAUUAAUAUCACCCUGGAGAUCAUCUACCUGCUGACUGGGGAGGAUUACACAAUAGUGAAGAAGACAUCCAAUGAGUGUGAGAUAACCAGCAGCCAUCCCUGUGUAUCUGGAGGACUGAGUAGAACCCAGAGCCCCAUCACGGUGCCUCCACCUCACUCACUGACACAUGAAAGACACAAUGACCAGAAGAUCCUGAAACUCACCAACAAGAUCAUUCAGUUGCUGACUGGAGAGGAGGUGGAGUAUAUAGAGGAACACAGGGGUCUGUACAAGGACGUGAUGAUGGAGAAUCACCGGCCGCUCACAUCACUGGAUGGACCCAGUAACAGAGAUACCCCAGAGAGAUGUCCCCGUCCUCUGUAUUCCCAGGAUUGUACAGAGGAGAAUCACAGGAUCCCACAGGAGGAUCAGGGUGAAGCCCAAAUAAAUAAUGUUAAAGUCAAAGAUACAGAGGGAGAAGAAGAGACGUAUGUGACUGAUAUAAAGGCAGAAGAUAUAGAGGGAGAAGAAGAGAUGUAUCUGAGGGGUGAUCAGCAGUGUACGGAGGAGGAGAUCCCUACAGAUAUCAGCACAGCAGAUGGACACACAAGCAAGAACAUCUCAGAAGGACAUCUAAUGUUAUCCCUGGAUUCUGAAAUAACCGAUAACGACAGUAGACAGGAUUCUCCAGGAGCUAACCCCAUUACCCCAAUUAUACAUCCAGCUCUAUCAGCUGAUCCCUCUGAUCCUGGGAAAUGUUCUCCUGAUCACUCUGAUAUUGGUGCAUCUGUUACAGCUCUGACAGUAGAUACAGUGUUUCCCUGUUCUAUAGAUGCCAAAUGUUUUACACAGAACACAAAGCUUAUUACCCAACAGCCAGCUAAGGCAGGUGAGAGGCCACUGAUAUGUUCUGAGUGUGGGAAAUGUUUUACAUAUAAAUCAGCUCUUGUUACACAUAAGAGAACUCACACAGGUGAGAAGCCAUAUUCCUGUUCUGAGUGUAGGAGAUGUUUUGCAAAAAAAUCACAUCUUGUUAUACAUCAGAGAAGUCACACAGGUGAGAUGCCAUUUUCCUGUUCUGAGUGUGGGAAAUGUUUUGCAACAAAAUCACAUCUUGUUUUACAUCAGAGAAGUCACACAGGUGAGAAGUCGUAUUCCUGUUCUGAGUGUGGGAAAUGUUUUGCACAGAAAUCAAAUCUUGUUAUACAUCAGAGAAGUCACACAGGUGAGAAGUCGUAUUCCUGUUCUGAGUGUGGGAAAUGUUUUGCACAGAAAUCAAAUCUUGUUAUACAUCAGAGAAGUCACACAGGUGAGAGGCCGUAUUCCUGUUCUGAGUGUGGGAAAUGUUUUGCACAGAAAUCAAAUCUUGUUAUACAUCAGAGAAGUCACACAGGUGAGAAGCCGUUUUCCUGUUCUGCGUGUAAGAAAUGUUUUGCACGGAAAUCAGAUCUUGUUACACAUCAGAGAAGUCACACAGGUGAGAGGCCGUAUUCCUGUUCUGAGUGUGGGAAAUGUUUUGCACAGAAAUCAAAUCUUGUUACACAUCAGAGAAGUCACACAGGUGAGAAGCCGUUUUCCUGUUCUGAGUGUGGGAAAUGUUUUGCAUGGAAAUCACAACUUGUUACACAUCAGCGAUUUCACAGAUGAGAAGCCAUUUUCAUGCUGUGAGAGAAAUAAAUCCGCUCUUGUUGAACAUAUUAGACAUUACCAAAGUACAGAACCAUUUCAAUCUUCUGGAGUAUAAUUAUCACUGUCGUGCAAUGUUCCUCAAGGGUGAAUCCGAUCUCUUAUGCUUUAUAAAAUAUACAUGCUACCACUGGGUGAUAUAAUCAGACGUCAUGGCCUGGUCUACCACUGCUAUGCUGAUGACCUGCUUUUUGCUCCAUGUACUGAGAACCUAAUACCAAUAAAUGGUUGUCUAGCUGAGCGCCAGGGGUGGAUGAUGCCAGUUGGCUAUGACUCAGUCUUUGUGAAACAUAAUAGAAGCUCACCAACAAAGGACAAGACUACAGCUUUACCAACCAUCUGGAUUUAUGCUUUGGUGUUCAGAAUUGCAAAAUACUGAACAUGUGCUGAAUCUUUGUGUUGUCCUGGUAUGUGGCUGACACAGACAUCAGGUAUCUGCCACAUACAAAUCCUCAUUCUUCCAUCUGUGGACCAUAGCCAGAAUCAAGCACUUGAUUCCCUCAGAAGUUCAUAGACUACUGCAAUGCCAUCUACCUGGGUCACCCAGCAAAAGAAUUACAGAGCUUGCAGCUAGUACAGAAUGCAGCAGCCAAGCUGUUACCUAACCAGCUCAUUCCUGCCACAUAACACCCAUUCUCUAUUCCCUUCACCGGCUGCCUGUAAGAUGACAAAUCUAUUUCAUAAUUGGCUAACUGACCUUCCCAGCCCAAUAUUACAUGGUCCAAGGUACUAGAAGCAGCUUCUGCCUCCUUACUGCUCUGCUUGCUGGCUUCUACAGAUGGACUGUUACCAGCAGUACCAAGAGUCUCCUGUCAUUCAUUUAAGGGUUGAACUUUUAGCUUUGCAGCCCUGACCAUGGAACGUACUGCCUUGCACAGUCCAAGAGGCCUCCACUCUAGAGACCUUCACAAGCAGACUGAUGACUGUUACUCACGCUUUUCAUUAAUGUUCCUCUAUUUACUUCCUAAAUAAUACAUCCCAAAUGCUUAGGUCUUUUUUCUGCUGUUUAUUUUGUAUCUUGUGCUUUAUGUAAAUGUGAGUGUCUAAUACCAGUUUCCACAAUCUGUAUUGCUGCAUGACAAUAUGGCGGCCAUUGGAACGUGUUUUCACUUCUUCUAGUUUGCCUAACUUGUUGCAGACACUCAUCUUGAUAAGGAGUGCUGAGUGUUUUCUGAUACAAGAUCCUAUCUAUAUAUACCCUGUACAUUACCAUGUGCAUUAGAGUCACCCGGGUUCCAUCUGCGGUGGUUUGUUGUAUGUUACAUCUAUAUGGUGCGGAUACUCCCCUGUAUUUCAUAAUAAAAGCUUUUGUUUGCAUGUAAUUAUUGCAUUAAAUCUUUUGUUUUUUAUUCUGUUUUAUAUUCCCGUCUGAGUAAUUACGCCAUAAUGUCUAAUCUCGGAGUGGACCCCAGAAGAUGUAAAGAAACCAUGUAAGUGUUCCAUCAUUCUGUUUCGUGUAAGCAUACAGGUAAGUGAUGGCACGGUGGUCACUGACCGUCACCUUCAGGUGGUAUAAUGGAAGUGGGACUAUCUGGGCUUAUUCUAGUCUACUGCAGAAAUAAAAAAAAUCAGCCUUUAUCCUGCUUAAAAAAAUUACAAAGCCCAUAAAUCAAGCUUGGUCGGACAAGACAAGUCACAUUAAUGGUGGCACAUCAUAUAGGCUGAGGACCCAUGUUUCUGGGAUAUAUGGCAUAACUCCCUCUUCACCCACAAAAACCUUCCCUUCACCAUUCACAAUGUCCACCAUUGCCCCUUCAGAAGGGACACAACUUUCCUUUGCUUUUCCACCUCCUCCUUCACAGAGCCCAGGACCACCUCCAUGACCAUUUCAUGUUUAUCUGGAAGCCAGGCAUCUGGGAGGUUCAUGGCCUGAGAUGACCACAGAACCACCAGGUAGUGGGCAAGAAGAAUCCACAGCCUCCUGAGGAACUGGAGAGUCCAAGGAUCCACCCCACAUGAGGCAGAGAAGGGUCAACCACAGGGACUGGCUCACCUAUUUCCUUCCUAAAAGCUGCUCUUUACCCAGUUUGG